GGGGGGGAUGGGGGAUCAUAAACCCCGUCGCAUAAAACAUUAAAAAAACAAAAAGGUCACAUGGUUGAACACUAACAAUAACAGAAUAGGAAAAAUAAUAAGGUUCGACGGUGCGACGCUCCGCUCCGACCCGUUCUGUACGCGCGGUGAUCCAACAGGAGUCUGUGCGGCUCAUGUGACGUCAGAGCCGCUGGUGAACUGAAGAGUUCUCAGAAUAGAAUUCUAGGAAUUGGUGAUUUUUAAAAGCCAAGCCUACACUGUGUCCUUCACACGUUUGCGUCGCAUUCGGGAGCCAACACUCCGUGUAGCCGCUCAGUGUUUUUAUUUAUGGCCUUGGUCUAUGUUCUAGCGUUGUUGGACGUUUAGGGACUAUAUACAUUAGCGAUACGGUCGCGUUUACUUGAACAGAGGAAUCUAGACCUUCAACCAAUGCGCUCAGCAUUUCCGCGUCUUGACGCUGCCAAUAUUUCCUGGUGGGACCGACAUCAUUUCUUGUGAAAGUAAUUUAUUUUGUCGCCUAGGCAUAUGCAUUUAUUAUUUUGUGGAAGAGGAAUCGUCAAUUGGAAUUAAGCUGCCGGAUUCAGUAUGAUUCUUUGUGUUCAAAGUCCUAGGACUCAUCUGCCUACUCGUGCCCCAUCGACUGCACUCCCCCUGGGCAUGCGACCAGGAGCCGUGUCCCCACCCCACUGCGCACAGAGCCCCCCUCUGAUAUGCGAUCCCACCAAGGACCUCCGGGCAAUAGCCAGCAACUUCUGUCACCUAGAAAACUCAGGUUGGUACUGGGGGGCCAUCACUGCGGCCCAGGCGCACGCCGCCCUCCAGGAGGCCUCUGAGGGGGCCUUCCUGGUGCGGGACAGCAGCCACCCGCAGUACAUGCUGACCCUGUCCGUCCGGACGGCGCGCGGCCCCACCAGCAUCAGGAUACAGUACAGCCAGGCUCAGUUCCUCCUGGACUCCAGCCCCCCCGCCCGCCUGGGGAUGCUGUCCUUCCCCGACGUGCCCAGCCUGGUAGAGCACUACAUGGGCCCGGGCCGCAAGGUCCGAGAGGAGAAGGCGGAGGACACGGGCUCCUCCUGCAAGGCCGCGCAGCAGCAGCAGCUGCCGCCGCCGCCGCCGCCGCCCAAGCAGCCGAGCGCCAACGAGGCCUCGGUGGUGUUGAAGCUGCGGACCGCCGUGUACAAGUCCCAGGGCUUCCCCUCGCUGCAGCACCUCACGCGCCUCACCAUCAACAGACACUCGGACCAGCCCGAACGGCUGCCCCUUCCCAGGCCGCUGCUGGGCUUCAUCAAGGACUACCCCUUCAAGGUAUGAUGGAAGGGGCUCCCUGGGGCCGGAGCCCUCAACGGAACAAAGGGAACCAUACCACUGUGGUGCGGCGGGGGGGGGGGGAGAGUCACAAGGCUCUUAAUGCUGGACGCAAGAGCACACGGUGGAGAGACUCUAUACAGGAACAAACACUUGACACUCGUGUCUGGAUUUAGACUUGAUUUGUCCCAAGAGUCGGCGGCACGGUCCGUCUACGGGGUGAAUUGCAAAGAAACACUUUGGUACUGUAGAUGUGUGGAUUUUCCACAUCUCUUCUACCCCCAUUGGUUCUGGAUGUGCACAAUGUGCACAACUCCAGAGCCGUCGAUUGGUUUUGUUCAUUUUGUCAUUAUUAGUAUUUUGUACCUUAUUUUGUCUCAACAUUUUUCUAUUAAAAAUAAUCAACUGGAGCGCAUCGUGUGGCUUGCUUUAUUUUCCGGCACUUGAUGAUAUUCUUUGGCUUAUUAUUCAUACCCCUAAAACGGCAUUUUGUUAUUCUAGAUAUUCGCGCAGACUGCGACCUUUGAAUCGACAAAUACUUGGGCGGCCUUGAAGUGUGUGAGAAGUACAUUGCGUGAGAGAGCGAAGGCCAAAUUGUAUGUUUUUGGUUAACAAUCUGCGUGUGAGGGAGUGGGGAGCGCUCGCGGAGGGGAGGCCGCUUCGCGGAGGCGGGGAACGCUUUCUAGGAGCCGCAGAUUCCAGGAAGGCCGCUUCUGAGAAAAAGCUUGGGCAAUUAACUCAAGCCUUGAGCUUGCCUCUCUCUUGUGGCGUGCGCACAGCUUUUGGCGAUGACACCACACACACUACCGCCUGGCCCCCAACUCUCUCGGAAAAAAACUGUAGGCAAAUGUAUAUUAAUACAAAAGGGAGAGUGUUUGUUGAUGGUGAGUAACAGUGUGAUCGGAACCUUAAUCUGUGUUUACCAAUUUAGUGUGGGGGGGGUGGGCAGGCAGUCAUCAAGUGGAGUCUUUAACGGUAAACAGUCCAGACUUUGGGUCGCCGAAUGAGGUCUGUCCUGCCCUGCAUCGUGUUACCGCUCCCUCCGAAGGAUGCAGAAGCGGGGCCUGGGGCAGAGGAAGUUCUCCGUCAGUAAUACUGGGAAUGAUCCGUGUCUGGACUUGUGGCUGAGGACACCACAGUGAACCAAGACGCAGCCUACGUCCGAGACAAACGCACGCACGCCGACACUGCUGCCCUUUAAUCAUCAAGAAUGUGUUUGUGAAAUUGCGUUCAUCACCGUAAAGCUAAUUCACCCCUGACUGUUUAGCCUUGAGUGAAGACCGGGUAGCAGUGACCCAGAUCCUUCCUCCAGACCAACCUGUUUGUGAUGUCGUGCCGUGUUUCCAGGUAACUCAGCCCGGGGACAUGAUCCUUCACCCACUGUUGGAUUAACGGGGGGUGUCUUGGGUCCACCUCCAGAUAAACAUGUCUGGAAAGGGCAGGAAUCAGAACAAAAGGAGACUCAUUCAAUAGCGCCUUUCCGCAGCCGUGUCAUCCGGAGUGCGUCUCCUCCUGGGUAGCAUGAGCCGUUCCCUGGGUCACAGAUGGAGCAGACCCCUGUUGAGUUUUAUAAGCAACACCCGUGUUUGUCCCAGAAUGACGCAUCUGUCAAAAAGGGUCUGGUGAAUUACAGCAUCAGAAAUAGCACGAUGGAAAAUAACUGUUAGAGUUGUGCCCCUGGGAAUUAUUUUGAAUAAGCCAAACUGAGGGGACGUUAUGCGUGUGUAAAUGAGCGGAGGGAGGACGGGCAUUACCCAUGAAUGGAUAACAUCUUGGGAGCCGCUGUCAAGAUCUGCUUGAUCACGUCCAGGCCGUCCUCACCUCCAUCUAGGGCAGCGUGGUCUUCAAACCUGAGGGUGUCACCGUGGUUCAGUACUCAGAACCCCUAAGCCCACCUCGGCCCAGGGGAAAUCAGGAAGACACACGUCUUGGCUCAGGCUUUUUAAUUUAUGGAAAUGCUAUCACUUUCAAAGCCAUGCUUUUUAAUUUUAGAAACGGUAUGCAGGUCUCAAAAGGUCUCCAGAGAAUAUAUCUCGGUAUUAUAGCCACCCAAAUACAAUAAAACAUCCAUGUAUAACAGUCACAUAAACUAAGGAUGGGAGCUGAUGUUUCAUAACACAUCGUCGUCCGUUAUCAAAUUGCAGAUGACUGACAAACAGUGUAGGCUCUUGGCUCGUUACCUUAGGAGUUCUGGUUCCAGGAACGUCAUAUCUUCUGAGAACAGGUACGGAGGAUUGCUGACCAAAGUUGAGAUGGAGUCACCCAGACUCAAAAGGACUUCAGGUUCUUAAACAUGAAUCAUAAUCAAUUUUUAUGAUUUAUUUUAUUACAUAUAGAACAUUAUAAUAAUUUCAUUUUAGGAUCAGAGAUGUUUGGAAAAAACAAAGCCUUAUUUAUUCAGAUCCCACUAUUGUCGUUCACCUUGGCCUCACCUUUCAGGACAUCUACUUGA